UCAUGCUAGAUAAUGGGCAAAACAAUUGUCUAUCACGUUUAAAAUCUGUACCAAGAUUUGACUUUCUCCCACAGACAUGCCUGAAAUCUGAAACUUGUAUUGAUUUAAUGCCAAAUCUCAUUGACCCAUUUUGCAGGAUAUAAGCAUUUGUUAUUCAUAGCUAUCCUUGUCUGGAACCCAAUUGUUUUUCCAUAACAGACCAAUGUAAACCUAAAUGGGAUUAAGUUGUUGUUGAAAGAUUUGAUUGUAGCUAGCCCAUAACUUAGCUUUAGAUCAUAUUUAUAGGUUACCCAGAAGGACAGUCUAAGUAAUGGACAGAAGGGAGCAGAAUAAAUCUUCUUCUGCAGAAGAUUCUAGAGAGAAUGUUAGUGUUGUUGAUAUUCCUGGAUUGAGGAUUGGAAUGAAUGCCCAAGAUGAGAUGUCCAUGAUUAUCUCUGCUCUUUCUCGUGUGAUGGGUGCCCCUCAAGAAGAGCAGAGUUCUGUGUUGGAUCAAUCUGUGAGUACCCAUGAGAGUAUGUUAUCUUCAAGUGUUCAAUCUGGGCAGAAGAGAUUGAGAGAAGAAGAGUCAUUGAUCAGCCAUGGAGGUGGUCAGUUAGAGGCUGCCAAGGAAGCAGAGACCAUAAGCAAGGGGAAAAGAACCAUGAUGGAAAGUGGCCCCAGUGAGCAUAGUAGAGAAACACAUGACUCAUAUAGUUCUGACUCUGUUGCAGAAGCAGAGAAGGGAGAAGGAUCUGCAGAAACAAAGGACCAAUCUAUAGCUGCAAAAUCUGAGGAAAGUAGUGGUACAAAGGAGGAGAAAGCUACAAAAAAGAGGAGGUAUAGAGGAGUGAGACAGAGGCCAUGGGGCAAAUGGGCUGCUGAGAUUAGAGAUCCAAAGAAGGCUGCAAGAGUUUGGUUGGGAACAUUUGACACAGCUGAAGAUGCUGCAAGAGCCUAUGAUAAUGCAGCUAUCAACUUUAGAGGUGCAAGAGCCAAGCUAAACUUUCCAGAUGAAGUUAUUGCUAGAAACCAACUCACAACUGCUCAAGAGACUCGUCAUUUUCCUCUUCACAUGCAAAGAAGCACAGCUUCUCUACCAACAUUGUACUAUCCUUUCAGCAGCCAUCAACCUCCUAGUACUCACAACCUUUCUUUUCCUCACUUCCAACGUUCCCUUACAUUCCCAACCAUGCAUGGCUAUUCCCCAUUGAUGCCUAUGGAUGUUUCUCAUGCACACCUAGAUACUAAUAUACCUUUGAAUCCUCCAAGUUUUUCACAACCAAGUGGGUAUUUCUGGCAAGGAGAUUCUAAUGGUUUGAAUCCUCUGGCCCAAAGAAGUAUAAAUCCCAUGACAUAUUCUGCAGGAAUGUGGCCAAGUGAUCAAUCUGCACAACCCAAUAUAGCAACAAGAGAAAGCUAUCCAAAUGUAAGCCCUUUCCAAGGUGCAGGCACAUUGUUUCAACAUGACCCAAUUGGCAAUCUUUAUCCUUCAUUGCAAUCCUUUCCUCUGGUCCAAAGAUUACAAGGACCUGAAUCUUAUGAAGCUUCAACACAAAUGCUUAUGUCAGAAGAAUGGAGUCCAAGUAAUGCAGAAGAUACUCAGCAGGGGAACCUAUCUUCUUCCACAACUACAACAUCUGGUCUACAUUAAACUCGCCCUAUCUAUUCAUUUUGCAUGUCGUAUGUACUUUUUUGUACUAUGAGACCAUACAAUAUUUGAAGAAUACUUGUAGAGAGUACUUGUAUUUAACACAAGUUCCAUACUUCGUAGAAUUGUCAUAGUCCAUUGAUUAAACAAUUCAAUUUGCUUUCAAAUUCUGUGUUCCACUUGUUU